UCGGGACGUCGAAGCUUGGAUCACUGCUAGCGGCAUCGAGGACGAUAGGUCCGAUGUAGAUAUGAUGGUCACGGGACUGGAUAAUGAGGAUUACGUUAGGCUGAGUUUCGGGGAUGAGUCCGCUGGGUCCGAUAACGCCUCGUCCCAUGACUCGGAGAGGGACAACCCGUGGCCCGUGAAGCACAGCGCCGUGGUGGAAGGUGAUCUGGUGCUGGGCGGGUUGAUGAUGGUCCACGAAAGAGAGGACACGCACACCUGCGGCCCGGUGAUGCCUCAAGGUGGCGUGCAGGCGCUGGAAGCUAUGCUGUACACGCUGGACUGGCUGAACGAGAAGCAGAUCGUGCCCGGCGUCAAGAUCGGCGCGCAUAUUUUGGAUGAUUGCGAUAAGGACACUUACGGGCUGGAGAUGGCGGUGGAUUUUAUCAAAGGUUCAAUAAGCAAUAUAGACGGCGCGGAGUAUCACUGCAAUAAAACCGCAGUGCGAAAGGUCAUCAGCGGGGUUGUCGGCGCCGCGAGCUCCGUCACAUCCAUCCAAGUGGCGAACCUCCUGCGACUUUUCCGAAUACCUCAGGUUUCCUUCUUCUCGACGAGCCCGGAGCUGUCGAACAAGCAACGGUUCGAGUACUUCUCGCGCACUAUACCCAGCGAUCACUACCAAGUGAAAGCGAUGGUAGACAUUGUGCUGACAAUGGGCUGGAGUUAUGUAUCAAUCAUCUACGAGGAAAGCAAUUACGGCAUAAAGGCAUUCGAGGAGCUGGAGGAGCUGCUGGGGAAGUACGACAUAUGUAUCGCUAUCAAGGAGAAGUUGGUGAAAGACUCCGGCGUCGCUGAGGAGACGGCUUACGACAAUAUCGUCCUGAAACUGCUGACGAAACCGAGGGCGAGAGGCUGCAUCAUAUUCGGCUCGGAUCAAGAAGUUGCCGGAGUUAUGAGAGCGGUUAGACGUUGCAACGCGACCGGCGCGUUCUCGUGGAUCGGCAGCGACGGGUGGAGCGCCAGGGGUUUAGUUAGUAAUGGUAACGAGCCGGAAGUCGAAGGUACCCUAUCGGUUCAACCCCAGGCCAAUCCUGUCAGGGGUUUCGAGGAGUACUUCCUGAAUCUGACCGUCGAGAACAACCGAAGGAAUCCGUGGUUUGUCGAAUUCUGGGAAGACCACUUCCAAUGUCGCUAUCCGAACGCAUCGAAGACACCGUACAACAAGAAAUACACGAAACCGUGCACGACGAAGGAACGUCUGACGAAACAGAACACUGCGUUCGAGGACCAGCUGCAGUUCGUUUCGGAUGCAGUGAUGGCGUUCGCCUAUGCUUUCCAGGACAUGCACAGAGACCUUUGCCAGGGGAAGCCAGGACUGUGCGAGGCUAUGAGGCCUACUCAAGGGACGGAGCUGCUGCAGUAUCUUCAUAAAGUAGAUUUCGAAGGUCUAAGCGGCGACAAGUUCAAAUUCGACAAAAAUGGCGACGGACCGGCCAGAUACAACAUCAUCCAUUUCAAGCAGACCGAACCGGGCAAAUACAAAUGGGUCCGAGUGGGGAAAUACCUCGAGGGCGAGCUGCGCUUGAACAUGUCCGAAAUCCAAUUUAAACUUGGACACCCUCAGCCGCCGGAAAGCGUGUGUUCUCUACCCUGCGAGGUCGGCCAAGCAAAGAAAUACGUGGAGGGCGAGAGAUGCUGCUGGCACUGCUUCAAUUGUACUCAAUAUCAGAUCCGACAUCCGAAGGACGAGACGCAGUGUAUCCCGUGCAGGCAAGGCACCGUGCCGGACGAGACGCAUUCCUCUUGCCGGGACAUCCCCGAGGAGUUCCUCAGACACGAAAGCGGCUGGGCGAUCGGCGCCAUGUCCUUCUCCGCGACUGGGAUCCUGAUAACGUUCUUCGUCUGCGGCGUGUUCCUGAAACACAACGACACACCGGUGGUCCGCGCUUCCGGUCGCGAGCUGUCCUACGUUCUGCUCUCCGGGAUUCUGCUCUGUUAUCUCGUUACGUUCGCGCUGGUGCUGAAGCCGACGGACAUCGUUUGCGGCGUCCAGAGAUUCGCCGCCGGUUUCUGUUUCACCGUCGUCUACGCGGCCCUCUUAACGAAGACAAAUCGAAUAUCGAGGAUCUUUAACGCGAGCAAACACAGCGCCAAGAGGCCAUCGUUCAUAUCGCCGCGAUCGCAGCUGAUCAUCUGCUCCGGCCUGGUCUUCGUGCAGAUCUUAAUUAAUGGAGUUUGGAUGAUAAUCGACCCGGCGAGGGCGAUGCAUCUCUAUCCGACCAGGGAGGACAACCUGCUCGUCUGCAACAGUUACGUGGACGCCAGCUACAUGAUCGCGUUUGCUUAUCCCAUCAUGCUGAUCGUGGUGUGCACCGUCUACGCGGUGCUCACCAGGAAAAUACCGGAGGCUUUCAACGAGAGCAAACAUAUCGGUUUCACAAUGUACACCACGUGCGUGAUAUGGCUGGCGUUCGUGCCCCUGUACUUCGGCACGGGGAACAAUGUAGCGCUGAGAAUCACUUCGAUGUCGGUGACUAUCAGUCUCUCCGCGUCCGUGACUAUAGCGUGUCUCUUCAGUCCGAAGUUGUACAUCAUUCUGAUCCGGCCGGAGAGGAACGUUCGUCAGAGCAUGAUGCCGACGAGAUACAGCACGACCAAAAGCUCCGCGGUGACGGCGACAAAUGCCUCGAGCAUGAUAGCGCCGAUCACACUGACAGCGGCCACGUGCGAUCAAAACAAGGCUGUCAAGAAGCACAUUAUCAGCACCAUCGAUUGCUCGACGCAGAGCGAGUAUUACGAGCUCGAGGUGAAAGAUCAGAAGAACGGGAAACCGGCGCCCACGGUGGUCUCGAGAUCGACGCAGACUUCCGGCAACGAGAAGGAGCAGAGCGGCGCGUUGAGCAACAAGGAUCCAAAGGAGAAUCCUCCGACGACGACCAAGGAGAACACGAGCACAACGAAACAAUUGAACAACAACGCGAGGAUAGGCAACGGGCCGGUGAACCAGGCAGACGUCUCCUUAUAGCAGCAACCCUCCCCCGAGUCCGCCAUUUUGACCGCGAAUCUGAAGCCGAUAUCGAAGAAGCCCGUAGUUGUUUAAACGUGAAUCAAUUCUUAUCGAGAUUUUUGUAAAUACGACUGACUGCACAUCGAGGCGAGGCGACGUACGCGAGGAACGCGAACGCGUUUCGUUUAUUCCAAUGUACGCUCGCGUUGUUUAAGCUUUUGCCGGAAGUGUCGAGGGUCUGCGAAUCACUGGGCACGAGUCGGAGGGAAGGAUAAGGGGUGAUAAUAACUUUAAUAAUUUUAUACGUUUGUAAUGUGUUUUCUGUUCUUCGACGAGCGUUGUUUGAUUUCCGAUGGUCGUUAAUGUUCCGUGGGUUAAGCUGUAACGAAUCUUUUGUGAAGCUGUUAUUCAUUGUACGAAGCAAUAGAAGUAUAUUAUAAGAGGAAUCGAGGAAACAUGCGAAUGUUUCUGUAAAACACUAGCCAAUUUCGAGAGAAAACAGGUUCGGUCUGAUGGUUCGCACACCCCUGGAAAUUGUGUUAUCGUGUGUCAUGAGUAUUAUAGGAGACGUUACCAAGUUUGAUGGAGUGUUGCGUUUAAGACGACAUCGCGAUGCGAGUCCUCGUACUUCCGGAACUCGUUCGUCUGCGGGCGUUCAUACGAGUCCGAGCUGUUCCGAGGCGAUCUGUAACAAAGAGAUCGAGUAGAAAUUUAUUCUUCGCGUUUAAUUGUGUUCAAUGAAGUAUAGUAUACAAAUUUAUCGGAAUAUGCUGUAAACGUGAAAAUUCCGCAGCUUGAAAUUCGUGAGAUCUGAUAUAUAUAAAAGACUCGACGGUACUCCAUUAAGCCACGAGGAUGAAAAUUAUUUUCAAAAUGAUUCAAAUCAUGAUUUAUUGUUCGUUACAUUGGUACACGGCAUUGUUGGAAAUAUAACGUUUUAAAAAUAAAUCUCUACGUAUCAUUGCGGCUUGGUAACUGAAAUAUUACUUUUAUUUCAUUUAUCCUCGAUGAACGAUGAGGAAUAUUUUUAUUCGUUUAAACUCGGAGCUUUUCAGCUGAAUAACGAAAUGAUCCAUCACGCUGUACUGAAAUUUGCAAUUGAACCCGAAGCAACCCGAUGAACACACGAGACCACAAUGACGCUGAAAAUAUCGAAUAAAUCUCACCGUUCGCCAAGGUGAAGCAUAAUCAUCGACUUUAAUUAAUUAUUAACUCGCAUGUUAAGAACUGCUCUGGUUUCCUCUGUGAUCAUAGCAUAAUGCGUGGAAUAAUCACGCGGAUUGCGUAUAUAAAUCUCUUUUGUACAUACACGACCAUUUUCACGGUGCACGUUCACGCGCGUCUCGCUAAAUUAAUAGUCAACAUGAAACGAAUGUAAAUACAGUCUGAACGGUCGUUCGAAGAAACGAAUAAACGAACAAACCGUGCGAGCAAGAUACUCGAAAG